AACAUUCUCUCUCUUCACUUUCGGGCGUCAUUUAUCCACUCAAUCAAACCCUUGCUUUGCACUGCAAGGGAGGGUUUGGCGCCACCACGGUUCGAUUCCCCGCACCGUUAUUUUUUAAUCCAUCACGUUAAGAGCAUGAACAAGUAAGCACAAGCAAUCAUGUAGCAAUGGAUUUGUGCGGGGCGCGGAGAAAGAAGAUAUUUUUCUAUUCAUGGAGUUCUGGAGUUCGAGUUUUGUCUCUGCGCUUGGAAACUGGAGGUGCACGUGUUCCAAGAUCCUUUCUUUUCUUCCCAUGGCUUGUGCCGUAAUCCAUUCAUUAUACAAUUCUCUUCAUUUUAUUUUGAACUGAAAUGGAUCGCAUUGUAUAAAGCUCUGAAAGCUAUGCAAGGCUUCAAUUUGUGCUCUUUGCUUUUGUUGCUCUGUUUUUGGCCCCGAUCUGUGUGUUUCCAAGUGUUUUGAAGAAAGGUAGGCUCAAAGAGAUUUAGCUCUUAUGUUCACAAUGAAGACAUUAGAGAGCACAGAGGAAUCUAGUGCGCAUAGAGAAGGCUUUGGUUUACUGUAUGGAUGAUGUAUUGGCUGGUUGGAUUGCACAAGUAUGGACAGUAUAAGAACAAACUGAAAAUAUUUCUAACUCGGCUACUAAACUUCACCCGCAUUUAAUUACAAAUGUGGAGUAUGAGAUAGGAAAUUCUGAGGUAGUAAUCAUCCUUGCUACCAAAGGUAGAUUAUACUUAGAUUCACGGAAUGCCUUUUGAAGAUGGAUGCAUUAGUGUUUUAAUGAAGAGUUCAGCUGCAAAGGAGAUGAUGGAACAGAAGAGGUCUCCUCCAAUUUAUGCGUCCUCAAUCUCAUCAUCGUUCUUUUCGGAAGAAGUUUGUUUUCCUGCAGAGAGAAAAGUUGGCUUUUGGAAGAAGGAAGCUGUUUCCAAUGGCCAUGGGCUAGAUUCUCAUCCAGCAAUGAUGGUGGAGGCGGGUAGCAGGCCAAAUAUAUCAUCAUCUCUAGAUAAGUUUGGGAAACAAAUGAAUGCUUUUCAGACAAAGGCAACUCCUAUAGAUUGUUUUUGGGAACCUUCAAGAGCAAAGGUUGCUUUUGAUUCAAGGUUUAGUGGGCCUUACCAAAAAGCAGGCUUGUCUCCUGUUACUUGGAGCAAUUCUGACAGGGCAUUAGGAACAGGAGGAAAGACCUAUAUGCAGUUUGCAUCUCUAAUAGAGGAGAAUGUUGACAAAUUAGAUUCUAACAAGAUUAAUGGCGGAAAGAGCCAGUUUUCAAGCUCAUUUUCUGACAUGUUUGAUAAAAAAUUGAAGUUAUCAUUUCACAAUUCUGUACCUGAUCAUUUUGUUGAUACUUCUCUAACUCAAUUGGAUGAGGAUGAGCUCUUUGAAUCACUUGAGGAGUUGGAGUCACAUACCAUAGGGAACCUACUUCCUGAUGAUGACGAAUUAUUGUCUGGUGUUGUUGAUGAGGUUGAUUACAUUUCCCAGCCUAACAAUGGAGAGGAAAUUGAAGAUUUUGAUUUGUUUAGCAGUGUGGGUGGCAUGGAGCUAGAAGCAGACAUGCUUGAUAGCUCCACUGGCUAUUCAAAUAAUAAAAAUCCAGAUGCAUUUGUUGGGGUCUCCUCUUCUCAGCAAGGAGGAUCAAAUGGUUCUGCUGUUGGGGAGCAUCCUUAUGGGGAACACCCUUCAAGAACUCUUUUUGUAAGAAAUAUUAACAGCAAUGUGGAGGAUAGUGAACUGCGGGACCUUUUUGAGCAAUAUGGAGCCAUACGCACACUUUAUACUGCUUGCAAACACCGUGGAUUUGUGAUGAUAUCCUAUUAUGACAUAAGGUCAGCACGCAGUGCAAUGAGAGCACUACAGAACAAACCUUUGAGGCGAAGGAAAUUAGACAUACACUUUUCAAUCCCUAAGGAUAACCCUUCAGACAAAGAUAUAAACCAAGGUACACUUGUGGUUUUCAACCUUGAUCCUUCCGUUUCGAAUGAUGAUCUCCGACAAAUAUUUGGUGUCUAUGGUGAAGUCAAAGAGAUUCGAGAAACUCCACACAAGCGUCACCAUAAAUUUAUCGAGUUCUAUGAUGUUAGGUCAGCAGAAGCAGCCUUACGUGCUUUGAAUAGGAGUGAUAUUGCUGGCAAGCGAAUAAAGCUAGAACCAAGUCGUCCUGGUGGUGCUAGACGUUUGAUGCAGCAACUGUGUCAAGAGUUGGAGCAAGAAGAAGCCCUUCCACAACGGCAGCAGGGGACUACCUCCAUGAACAAUUCACCAUCAGGGCCAAAUCCUCAUUGGGGGAUGUCGAGCUGUUCUGUUGAUAGUGGAGCCAUGCAGACAUUGCAAUCCAACAAUCGUGUCUCGCUAAAUUUGUUCAUGGAGAACUCAUUACAUGGGGUACCAUCAAGUAUUCCCCACAGUUUGUCUUCUCCCAUUAGAGUUGCAGCUAUAGGGAACCAUUCAGGGCAAGCUGUACAAGGAGAACCUGUUCAUUCAUUGGGUCAUAUUAGUCUUGGAAUACAUCGACUGCCAACGUAUCAUCAUCAGUCACUCCCUGAAUACAGCAAUGGUGUUGUCAAUGGUCUUCCUUACAGCCCUGGUUCAGUUUCAACAGUGACAGCAGGCUUGGCAUCAAGGCCUCCUGAAACAAUUGAAGGCAGGCAUCUGAACAGAGUUGCUUCAAAUAAUAUGAAUAACAUGGCUUUUGAUCAUGGCGAUGGUGUUUUUGGAGUAGCAGCAAAUGGUUCUUUUCUAAAUACUCAUUCAAGCCCAAAUGGAAGUAGUCCUUUACCUGGUCACCAAUUUGUUUGGGGGAAUUCUAAUUCUUACCAUCACCAUCCACACAGUCCAAUUGUGUGGUCAGCUUCUUCUUCAUAUGCACCUGGACUGCCUGUAAGGCCACAACCACAGCCACAACCACAUGGUUUUCCAGGUAGUCAGGGUCAUCUAAUCAAUGCGGUGUUACCCUCACAUCAUCACCAUGUUGGUUCGGCUCCUAUUACUGAUUUCUCAUUACUAGACAGACGGCAUGGAUAUAUUGGAGAAUCUCAAGAUACUUCUCUUUUCCGUCCUGGGUCACUUGGAGCUGUUGGAUUAUCUGGUGCACAUGGUUUGCAUCCUCUACAACUUGGUGCUCACAGUCUCAUGUCUCAGAUGGGUGCCAACAGUGUCGUAGAUCCUGGUGUUUCUUCACCAAACCUGGGAGCAAUUCCUUCUCAACAAAGAUGUCACCUAUUUCCUAGCAAUGGCUCACUGAUGUCUAUACCUGGAUCCUUAGAAAAUGCCAAUGAUCGUGGAAGGAAUCGUAGAACUGAUAACAAUGCCAAUCAAAUUGAUAAUAAGAAACAAUAUCAACUUGACAUUGAUCGGAUAUUGCGUGGAGAAGACACUAGGACAACACUAAUGAUCAAGAACAUUCCUAACAAAUACACAUCAAAGAUGCUGUUAGCUGCUAUAGAUGAACAUCAUCGGGGAACAUAUGACUUCAUUUACUUACCUAUUGACUUCAAGAACAAAUGUAAUGUUGGCUACUCAUUUAUCAACAUGAUCAGUCCUUCACAGAUUGUACCAUUCUUUCAGGCUUUCAAUGGUAAGAAAUGGGAAAAAUUCAAUAGCGAAAAAGUUGCCUCUCUUGCAUAUGCUCGAAUACAGGGGAAAGCUGCUCUCAUAGCACAUUUCCAGAAUUCAAGCUUGAUGAAUGAGGACAAACGUUGUCGCCCUAUUCUUUUCCAUUCAGAUGGUCCAAAUGUAGGUGACCAGGAACCAUUUCCUAUUGGAGUCAAUGUACGUACAAGGCCUGGUAAAAAUCGAACAAACAAUUGUGGAAGUCAUCAAGGCAGUCCUACCAAUAGUGGGAAUGGUGAUGAGUGCACUAAUGGAGUUGAAUCUUCUCAGAGUUAUUUUGAUAAGGAGGGAGAAUGAUCAGUCUGUGGUGUUACAGGUACCCAUCAUCUGAAGUUGAUGACACAAGGAGUGGCACAAUCAGUAAUGGGACUGGUCAUUUAUUUAAGCAGAACAAACAUCUGUUACGUCAGAAGGGGUGGCACUAUCAGCAAUAGUUCUUGGUGUUGACUGCUGGGUGGAGCCCCAAACAUUUUGUUUCUUUUCUGUUCUAUAGGAACAUAAAAGAGUCGUUUUUGGAGUAUUUACUUUCUUGACGCUAUCUAAGUGCAUAGUCAAACUUGCUUCUGCGGUGCUCUGUAAAAAGUGUUUUUUGAGUGUAGUUAUUUGCUUUACCAGCAAGAGUAUUCCAGGCUAUUUAACAGUUAAAAGAUAACGUGGCUUUUCUUUUAGCUGACUAAGCCUGUGGCGCAUAAUGAAAUGUACAGGAGAGCUGAGUUUGAACAGUUCAUUUUGAUUCCGAAGGAUGUUGUCAUUGAGAGGCUAUAAUGUUUAGCUCAUUCUAAGCAUGUAUUGAGCUUGGAAUUCCCAUUUUGGCCCAUUUUGGCUGAGAGCAACAUUUUGAGUUGUAUUAUGCAGGCUCAUUUAUCGUAACAUUUGUAUUGUUGAAGUUAUUGGGUUUACGUUCCAUGGGACCAGCAUGAAAAUAUUUCAUUGUUGGAGAGAUUGGAGCAUGCCUUGUUCCCAGUUGUUUGUGUUGGCAAGCUUUAAAUGCUUCACUUGUCUUUUAUUUUGUUGAA